AUCAAGAGAUGAAAGGAAUAACGUAUUUCAUUCACAAUUAAACCAAAAUUCUGUAUUCCAGGUGAGGCUUGUAAAAGUUCAGAGAUAAGUUAGGGAGUAUAGGAUCUUAUAUUGAAUUAGACAAUUGUCCCAUCUAGCUCAGUAUUGUCCGCACUGACUGGCAGCGUCUCUCCAGGAUUACAGGCAGGUAGUCUUUCCCAGCCCUACCUGGAGAUUCAAAGUGGGACGUUGUGUGUACAAAGCAGCUGCUCUACCACUGAGCUACAGCCUGUCUUCUGAAAGGGUCUCCCCUUUAGCUUGUUUUUAAUUAAGAAUAAGAUGGUAAUGAGGAUGAUGCUGGUUCCUGGGGCCCUUUGGAGCUGCUAUCAGAGAUCUGUCAACCAUCCAGACACCCAUCUUCAAACAUCUUUCCUGCUCUGCAAGCCUUCGGCCUGGGCAUAGUGAUCCCUGUAUGGCUUCGCUCAUAGAAUAAGUGGACCUGCUCCUUCUGAACGUGGCCUCAGAAGGCAGAAAACUAUUCCCAGAAGCAGAGAAGGGAUGAGGACCCCGUGAAAGGCCAAGAGAUCAAAGAUGGAACAGCAAGACCCAUCUACCCCUGAAGCAGGACUUGGCCCUGAUGCCAUCAAGACUGAGACCCAUGCGGAGGAAUGCCUAGGGGAAAAUGUGCAGAAGAUCUUGGGGAAGAAUCCCCUCAGCUCAGAUGUGCAGCGCCAGCAGUUCCGGUGUUUCCGCUACCAGGCAGCUGAGGGGCCCCGAGAGGCUUGCAGCCAACUCCACCUUCUUUGCCGUGAAUGGUUGAAGCCAGAGCGACACUCAAAGAACCAGAUCGUGGACAAGGUGAUCCUGGAGCAGUUCCUAGCUGUCCUGCCCCCAGAGAUGGAGAGCUGGGUGAGGGAAUGUGGGGCCGAGACCAGUUCCCAGGCAGUGGCCCUGGCAGAAGGUCUCCUGCUGAACGUGGCAGAGGACGAGAAGCAGGCAGAGCGGCAGGAAAAGGGUCUCUGUGGAGAAACAGGAAUGGAUUUCCCUGAGGCAGAGAGGACUCCAUUGGACCCCAGGCAGAGGCCGCUGGGGGAUGGAAUCAUGUCGGCAAGACCUGCUAAAUCAUCUCCCCUUUCUGGUGGAGGAGAAGCUGUUGCUGUCGCCCCAGAUCAGGAUCCAGUGUCUUUGGAGGAUGUGGCUGUGCAGUUCACGGGAGAGGAGUGGGCUUUGCUGAAUCCUGACCAGAGAGCUCUGCAUAGCGAAGUCAUGGAGGGGAUUUGUGGGACUCUGUCCUGUCUCGAAGGUGAUGAAUGGAAAGCCAAGAGGAAGGGAGAACUAUGUGGGAAAGAGAGAUGGAAAAGAGACAGAUCUGAAAAGAGGGAAGAGCAGAGAAGGAAACCUGAAGCAGAAGAGAAAAGGAGGAAUAAAUCUUGCGCUUCUCAGGGUAGUGGCUACCAUAAAACUGCCAUCCGAGAAAAAUCAGAUCAAAGAAGGAAAAGAAAUAAAUAUUUUCAUUGUUCGAAAAGUCUGAAUUCUAAAAGAAAGUGUAAAAAAGCCCACUACAAAAACCAGAAAAGGGAGAAAGCAUAUCAAUGUUUGGAAUGUGAAAGGAGGUUUAGCUGCAAGGCAAGUCUCAUUUUGCAUCAAAGAAUGCACACCGGUGAGAAACCAUAUAAGUGCUUAGAAUGUGGAAAGAGCUUCAGUUGGAAAAACAAACUCGCUGCCCACCAAAGAAUUCACACCAGGGAGAAUGCAUAUAAGUGCUUAGAAUGUGGAAAGAGCUUCCGUCAGAAGACACAUCUGUCUUUUCAUCAAAGUAUUCACACUGGGGAGAAACCGUAUAAGUGCUCAGAAUGUGGAAAGAGCUUCCGUCAGAAGACACAUCUGACUUGCCAUCAAAGAAUUCACACUGGGGAGAAACCAUAUAAGUGCUUAGAAUGUGGAAAGAGCUUCAAUAGGAAAAACCAACUCACUGCCCAUCAAAGAAUUCACACUGGAGAGAAACCAUAUAAGUGCUUAGAAUGUGGAAAGAGCUUCAGUAGGAAACAGCAACUCACUGCCCAUCAAAGUAUUCACACUGGGGAGAAACCACAUAGAUGUCUGGAAUGUGGAAAGUGCUUUACUAGAAAUUCCUCUCUCACUUUGCAUCAAAGAAUUCACACUGGGGAGAAACCAUAUAAGUGCUUAGAAUGUGGAAAGAGCUUCAGUAGGAAAAACCAACUCACUUCCCAUCAAAGUAUUCACACUGGGGAGAAACCAUAUAAGUGCUUAGAAUGUGGAAAGAGCUUCCAUCAGAAGAUACAUCUGACUUUUCAUCAAACUAUUCACACUGGGGAGAAACCGUAUAAAUGCUUGGAAUGUGGAAAGAGCUUCAUCUGCAAAGAGCAACUCACUCCCCAUCAAAGAAUUCAUACUGGAGAGAAAGCAUAUAAGUGCUUAGAAUGUGGAAAGAGCUUCAGUAGGAAACAGAAACUCACUGACCAUCAAAGUAUUCACACUGGGGAGAAGCCAUAUAAGUGCUUAGAAUGUGGAAAAAGCUUCCACCAGAAGAUAAAUCUGACUUCCCAUCAAAGAAUUCACACUGGGGAGAAACCACAUAGAUGCCUGGAAUGUGGAAAGUGCUUUACUAGAAAUUCCUCUCUCACUUUGCAUCAAAGAAUUCACACUGGGGAGAAACCAUAUAAGUGCUUAGAAUGUGGAAAGAGCUUCAGUAGGAAAAACCAACUCACUUCCCAUCAAAGUAUUCACACUGGGGAGAAACCGUAUAAAUGCUUGGAAUGUGGAAAGAGCUUCAGUUGCAAAGAGCAACUCACUCCCCAUCAAAGAAUUCACACCGGAGAGAAAGCAUAUAAGUGCUUAGAAUGUGGAAAGAGCUUCAGUAGGAAACAGAAACUCACUGACCAUCAAAGUAUUCACACUGGAGAGAAGCCAUAUAAGUGCUUAGAAUGUGGAAAAAGCUUCCACCAGAAGAUAAAUCUGACUUCCCAUCAAAGAACUCACACUGGGGAGAAACCAUAUAAGUGCUUAGAAUGUGGAAAGCGCUUCAGUUGGAAAAACAUACUUGCUGCCCACCAAAGAAUUCACACCGGGGAGAAACCAUAUAAGUGCUUAGAAUGUGGAAAGAGCUUCCGCAGGAAACAAGCACUCACUGCCCAUCAAAGAAUUCACACUGGGGAGAAACCAUAUAAGUGCUUAGAAUGUGGAAAGAGCUUCAGUAGGAAACAGCAACUCACUGCCCAUCAAAGUAUUCACACUGGGGAGAAACCAUAUAAGUGCUUAGAAUGUGGAAAGAGCUUCAGUUGGAAAAACAUACUUGCUGCCCACCAAAGAAUUCACACUGGGGAGAAACCAUAUAAGUGCUUAGAAUGUGGAAAGAGCUUCAGUAGGAAACAGCAACUCACUGCCCAUCAAAGUGUUCACACUGGGGAGAAGCCAUAUAAGUGCUUAGAAUGUGAAAAGAGCUUCAGUAGGAAACAGCAACUCACUGCCCAUCAAAGUAUUCACACUGGGGAGAAACCAUAUAAGUGCUUAGAAUGUGGAAAGAGCUUCCACCAGAAGAUAAAUCUGACUUCCCAUCAAAGAACUCACACUGGGGAGAAACCAUAUAAGUGCUUAGAAUGUGGAAAGAGCUUCAGUUGGAAACAGCAACUCACUGACCAUCAAAGUAUUCACACUAGGAAGAAACCAUAUAAGUGCUUAGAAUGUGGAAAGAGCUUCAGUAGGAAACAGAAACUCACUGACCAUCAAAGUAUUCACAUUGGGGAGAAACCAUAUAAGUGCUUAGAAUGUUGAAAGAAC